GUACAGUUGCGCAUGCAUUCAUACAAAGUCAAAGUGAUUGGUCAGCAAAGGAUCACCUCGACCGCAAGUUACUGAUAGUGCAGAUGGAACCACCGAGCUCAAAUCGCGCUCUCAGAAACCUCCGAAUGUCGAGAAUAUCUGAUUCUUUGGUAGAACCGUGUAUUUCAAAUGUUCCUUCGACCCUGAGACAGAUUAUUGAGGUGGAUUCUGCCUUCUUCGAGUCAGUCCAGUACGAUCUCAGCGACACUUCCCGUCAAAGCGCGGAUUCGUUUGACGAGCGGCGCAGAAUUGAUAACCUUCUCUAUAAU